UGACGUCUCGAGUUCAGUCGACGGUGUCGCAGAGGAAUCUACAUCCGAAAUAAAGCUCAUCACCGUUAUCGACUGUACACCUGUGAAUUCGGUGUUUUCUUGUUGGUUUCUCCAAAAGGAUGUGAUAUUGACGGAUUCCCCCUCAGAAGGAAGAACACGGACCUGUUCCACCAGAUCCUGUGCGGAACGCGCUCGAGACUAAAAAAGAAAAAAUAAAGAAAAAAUAAAGAAAAAAAUUCAGUUUGGAUCGUUGUAUUUUGGACGAUUUGUUGGCGAAUCGCUGUAAGGAAUGCUGACGGUAAGCAUAAGGACACUGGUGGAAUUUCUCCGUUAAGAGCGCCGAACUUGACGGAUUUGUUUAACGAGCAAGGUUAAACAAUGAAGAGUCGGGGCACUGUGAAAUUCACGAAUAGAAUGUUCGAAAUGCAUAAAGAAGAUUUAGAACAUUGAAUACUUAAGCUCCUGUCAAGGUGGUUCACCGAAGGUCUGAAAAUGCGCCGAGGAACGCGUCUCCUCUGUCAGGAAAUCUUCGUGGAUAAAAUUCACAAGACGAAGCUCACUUUCACAGAUGGCACAUUUCAACCACGUCGAGUUUUCUUCACUGACACCUCGUGACACGCAAGGGGCUGAAGCCAGGAAUGAUGGGAGCUGCAGUCUGGUUGAUGGUCUUAUGGACUUUACUGGGUUGGUCGCUGGCUGCAGAGAAGCCUCUGUCCCUAAGUGUGGCUGUGAUUCUGGGACAAACCCCCACCAUAUCCGAGUCAGCCUUGCUUCCAGCCCGUGGGAUAGGUGCACCACUGGAUGUGACUGUACUCAGCGUCCAGGUGAACCAGACGGACCCAGGAAGUAUGCUCACACACUUGUGUGAGCUCAUGUCCCGUCAGAGACUUCACGGACUAGUCUAUGGAGAUGGUACGGACCAAGAAGCAGUGGCACAGAUGCUGGACUUUGUUUCCUCUCAGACGUCCAUGCCCAUACUGGGAAUUCAUGGUGGCUCUGCCAUGACCAUGGCCAAGAAGGAUGCCAGUUCUUCAUUUUUCCAGUUCGGGGCCUCCCUCCAGCAGGAGGCGCUGUUGAUGCUUGCUAUAAUGGAGGAGUAUGACUGGCACAUCUUUUCUGUGGUCACCACCAAGUUCCCUGGUUUCCAGGACUUCAUAACUACUGUGCGCGUCACGGUAGACCACAGCUUUGUACGUUGGGACCUUCAAAGUGUAGUGACGCUGGAUGCCGUUGGCGAACCAGAGGACCGUGCCCAUGUACAACUUAAACGCAUCCAGUCACCGGUCAUCCUUCUCUACUGCUCCAAAAACGAAGCAGAGAUGGUCUUGGAUGAAGCCCGUUCUCUAGGGCUCACUGGGGCGGGCUUUGUGUGGAUUGUUCCCAGUCUGACAACAGGAAAUCUCGAACAUACUCCGGAAGCCUUUCCGACAGGGAUAAUAUCUGUUGCGUACGACGAAUGGGAUUAUCCCCUAGAAAAGCGUGUGCAGGAUGCUGUGGGAAUUAUCAGUUCUGCUGCCGCUACCAUGUUCCACGUGGAAGGUCGGAUACCUGAUGGCACGGCGAGCUGCUACGGCCAAUCAGAGAAGCCGGAGGUGCCGCCAAGUGCUUUGCGAAGAUAUAUGAUGGGAGUUAGUCUGGGGGGUAAAGAUCAUUCAUUCAUGGAUGAUGGCUACCAAGUCAAUCCCAAACUGGUUGUCAUUGUUCUGAACACACAGAGGGAAUGGGAAAAGAUGGGACGAUGGGAAAACCACUCACUGAGGUUGAAGUUUCCUGUGUGGCCACGUUAUAACUCUUUUGGGGACAUGGACGCCGAUGAGAACCACUUGAGCAUUGUGACUCUAGAGGAACGACCCUUUGUUAUAGUAGAUGAUGUGGACAUUCUUACCGGAACUUGUAUGCGCAACUCAGUGCCAUGCAGGAAACACAUUAAAGAUAACACUACAGAGGGUUCCUACAUCAAGCAGUGCUGCAAGGGCUUUUGUAUAGACAUCCUGAAGAAGAUUGCUAGGAAUGUAAAGUUUACCUAUGACCUUUACCUGGUCACUAAUGGUAAACAUGGCAAGAAGAUCAAUAAUGUGUGGAAUGGCAUGGUGGGGGAGGUUAUCAAUAAAAAGGCUGUAAUGGCUGUUGGCUCAUUGACCAUAAAUGAAGAGCGGUCAGAGGUCAUAGACUUCUCUGUCCCAUUCGUCGAGACAGGCAUUAGUGUGAUGGUGUCACGUAGCAAUGGAACGGUGUCGCCCUCUGCGUUUCUAGAGCCCUUCAGUGCUUCAGUGUGGGUUAUGAUGUUUGUCAUGUUACUCAUCGUCACAGCAAUUGCUGUUUUCCUCUUUGAAUUCAUCAGCCCGCUUGGUUUCAAUAGAAACCUGGCACAGGGCAAAGACCCUCAUGGACCCUCUUUCACCAUUGGUAAAGCUAUCUGGCUGCUGUGGGGUCUUGUGUUCAACAACUCUGUUCCAGUACAGAACCCCAAGGGUACUACCAGUAAAUUUAUUGUGUCCGUAUGGGCCUUUUUUGCUGUGAUCUUCCUGGCUAGCUACACUGCCAACUUGGCUGCUUUUAUGAUCCAAGAGGAGUUUGUGGACCAAGUCACAGGUCUCAGUGACAGAAAGUUUCAGAGUCCUUAUUCCUACUCCCCUCCGUUUCGCUUUGGGACUGUCCCUAAUGGAAGCACAGAGAGAAAUAUCAGGAAGAACUACCCAGACAUGCACCAGUACAUGGUCAAAUAUCAUCAGACUGGAGUUCAGGAUGCCCUGAUCAGCCUCAAAACUGGGAAACUGGAUGCUUUCAUAUAUGAUGCUGCUGUGCUUAACUAUAUGGCGGGGCGUGAUGAUGGCUGUAAGCUUGUGACUAUUGGCAGUGGCUACAUCUUUGCUACAACAGGAUAUGGCAUUGCCCUGCAGAAAGGAUCUUACUGGAAACGACUGGUCGACCUUGCUAUUCUUGGGAUUAUUGGAGACGGUGAGAUGGAGGAGCUUGAGGCCCAAUGGCUAACUGGUAUCUGUCAUAACGAGAAGAAUGAAGUGAUGAGCAGUCAGCUGGAUGUAGAUAAUAUGGCUGGUGUGUUCUAUAUGCUCGCGGCAGCCAUGUCUCUGUCGCUUAUUACUUUUGUCUGGGAGCACCUCUUCUACUGGAGGCUACGUUACUGUUUCACUGGUCUCUGUUCUGGUCGACCAGGAAUGCUCUUCACUAUCAGCAGGGGGAUUUGGAGUUGUAUUCACGGUGUCCAUAUCGAGAUGAAGAAAGCCCCGGAGUUAGGCUUCAGCCCUCAGGCCAACAUGUUACACCUUCUGAAAUCAGCAAAAGAGAUCACCACCCUUGGAGUUACCUCGCCCAAACGUCCUGUGAGUAGCAUUCUUCCUCCUACCAUGGGACUGCUAGAAUUGAUGGGUGGAGGAAAAGACAACAACCUAACCCAGAAGAAUGCAUCCUUUAGCAAUGCCAGCACCAUGCUCAGCAACCGUCACAAAGAGCCACUUAACAACACUCUGUUGCCAGGGCAAUGUGCCCUGAGCCUGACGGAUGCUCAGCCAGGUGUUGCUGGAAAUGGUAGCUCGGGAAGUGGAGGUGAGACAACACGAUCUGCUGCUUCCAAACCACGCGCCCUGUGGAAGAAAUCUGUUGAAACACUUCGACAGACCCAGGAACCAGGGGGUAAUUCCCCACCAUCUUCUGCACCACCAACCGAGACACUACCUAUGAAGAGCCAGCGUUACCUACCUGAAGAUGCACCUGCCCGCUCGGAUAUGUCAGAUUGCUCCGGCCGAGCGGACUUGCAAAAGCAGCAGAAGUUAAAAGAGACACUCAGAAAACGAAACCGCCUACCGCGAGACCUGAGUGACGUGGAGCUUUCAACGUUGCAGAGUCAGCCCAGCCAGCAGAGCAACCACAGUGCUCAUAUCUACUCACAGAACACCCAGGGAAGUCAGAUAUAUACUAUUGACUCCAUUAACCAGGAGCAUGGACUACACUAUCCAGAUAUCUUCAGCGAUCACCGGGAGAACAAGCACCGCCCACCCUCUUCCUCUGAGCAACAGCCAAUUCUGCAGCUUAACAGCACUCUGCUUUCCCAAGCCCAUGAACCGGAUGUAAUGCAAACUGUAAUUGCAAAAGAUAAAAAGUACAACACUUAUGGAAAGCCAGGUGUUGCAGGGAGCAUCACUGGUGGACCUGGUUCAUCUCAGGAUCCACGACAGACGCACUGCCGUAGUUGUCUGUCAAAAGUGUCCAGUUACUCUGGGCUUUACACAGUAAGGUCCCCUCAGUAUCGCUGUGAUGCUUGUCUCCACUCUGGAAACCUAUAUGACAUCAGUGAAGAUCAAUUUCUUCAUCCAGAUGGAAGGGGCAUUGGAGGUGGAAGUGUUGACAGGGCCUUCUCACCUUUUCUUCCCCAGCCGGAUGCUUCCUUCACAGCCUAUCUUCCCCAGAGUGACCAAGAGGGCGAUGGUCUUAUUAGCCACUACCAGAAUGAGGGCAUAAUCAUUCACCAGCAGUCUUACAAGAACCUUCCCCAAAAGAGUUCAUCACGGCGGGUUAGUCUACAAGACAGCACUCCAUAUGCCAACAUUCCCUCCUCAACUUUGAUCCCAGAUAAGCCCCCCAAAAAUCAGUCGGCACAUCUAAACCACACUCUUGCAGGUGUAGGUGUUAGUGGACUCGGGAUUGGCCGGCGCAGCAAGUCGAUGUAUCCAGCCCGACCAACAGAGAAUCCCUUUCUCCAGACUCUCCGUGAUGACCAGCGUCUAGCCCAUGGCCGCAGCUCCACAGACAUUUAUAAGCAGCUGGUGCCGCUCACAUUAGGCCAGGCUGAUGGCACUGUGCUCGGCAUGGGGAUGGCGAGCCCUGACCUCUAUUACUCCGAGCAUGUCAUGCCUUAUGUAGCCCCUCCCCCUGUUGGCACAUACACUGCCACCAGAGCAAUGAGCGCUGGGGGUGCUCGGCGUGUCUUCAAGAGGAUGCCGAGCAUCGAGUCUGAUGUCUGAUAGAAAGAGAAAGAGACUACAAAUAUGAAAGACUAUGAAAUUACAUGUAUGGAUCUUUCCACCAGGAUAUGGCUUAGAAGUGGAACUGUUUGCUGGAUUGUAAAGCUUUAUGACAACAAGGCAGGAAAGUUUGGAAUAUAUUUUGUUUCUCCAUUUGGACUUAACUGAACAAAAGUCAGAGUUCAACUUUACAUCAGGUCCUCCUCUCUAGUCGAGCGGCAGCUCUGUGUCUUCCAGAAAACAUCUAAAAAUAAUGGGCAGGACGCUCUUGCGCCUUCAAGAGAAGAAAGAGCAGCAAAAGCUUCUUGGAAGUACAGGGGCAGCUCCAAAGAGUUUCCUUUAUCACGCAACACAAGAGCAACCAAAAAAUUAAUUAAAUAAAUAUAAAUAGAUGAAUUUCCACAUUCUGCACUUUGACACACAAAAAUACACAUACACAUGCAAGAGGCACAAAUGAUACAUGAUUUCAAACCACUGCGGGAACAAAGUUAAGUAUAACGAUAGAAUCUCUCUUGACCAAAAAUUAAAGACCACGUACAGAACAAUAAAUGGUAGACAUAGACUGGCACACAGUCACAUGCUCCAAAAUAAAUAAUUGCUUAUCAGAUCCAAACAUGAAUGUGUUUUUGGAAAGGCAGCCGCACAUCUGGUAUAGUGUUUCUAACGGCUUAUAAAUGCAUGCACAAAUGCAUUUCAGCGUAAAAGCUGCACUGAGGCAUAAACCACAAAGACUACUAAAGAGUUCAAAAAUUCAAUUUCCAUUCCAACCUGAACUGUGACAAAAUGCACUACCUAAAUGAUUAGUAUUGGUUGUAAUCUCUGAAAUCAACUAUGUUAGAGAAUUUUAGAGGAGGACAACACGGUACAUACAAGUCCUGUGGUUGUUUGGACUUGUUUGUAUCUCUGAGGACACUAAUAGGAAAAAGUCUUUGUCCCUCCCCACCCUUGAAUCUGUCCUUAAUUUACCUGUGUGCAAAGCGUAAAGGCAGGAAGACUCCUCUGCUCACAGCACAACAGGGAAGUAAAGUGUAAUUGUUCAUUCAUCUAAAUUUUAUCAUCUUGAACAUAUUUCUAUAGUUGUUUAGAAUAUUGAAAAGGUUUUAUAUACUGCCAAAUAUUUGAAAAAGGUGUGCAUAGCAUAUUUAUUGUGUUAUAGAAAGAUGAAAACAGGAAGAAAGGAAAAGACAGCGACAGGAAAGAGUAAGGAUUAGUGAAAAGAUAUCCUGUGUUUUUGUGGUCGGAAGGGACUUAGGGACUCGGCAAAAGAGUGUAAAAUCCCACACCAACUAAUGAUGUCAAUGCUGAUAGAAAAAGUUAUUUUUUGCCUCGAACACACAAACACAGCACUUCCUGUAGAAUCCAACCACACACCCAUACUUCACAAAUAUUUUUGGUUGUUUUGAAAUAUAAUGGUCGUUCCAGCGAUAUGCACAUUAUCAGGUUGCAAUAUUUUAUUUAUGUAUGAAAUUUCCUAGUUUUAAUAUGUUUUAUUAUUAGUUCCUUUUAUUUUAUGAAUUGUUAUACAUGUGGAAUUAAUUUAUAAAUGUGAUUUAAUUGCAUAUAUAUUAAAGAAAAAAGAUAACAGCAUGUUAAUCUUCUCUGUGAUCAAACUUUUAGAGUUCUUUUUUAUUUUGAUGUGAAUGGGAGUAUAUGUUUACAGUGAAUGUGAAAAUAUGGAUUCAUCUCAUGUGAUUUUGAUUCUCAUUUGAAUACAAACAUAAAACUGUCAUAUGACCAAAUGUCAAUGGGAUGACCUGUUUUUGCUGUCUUUUUAGUAAAUGUUUCUAAAUUCGAGUGAGGUUAACAUGUCAGGGAAUAUACUGGGUUACAAACUCAAAAGUGUUCCUCUUCACCAAACAAACAUGGUUUGAAAACCAUUUUUAAGAUAAUAAUGUUUUAGAUGGUCAAUCUGGUACUCAGGCUUUGUUUAUACCGUAUGUCUACCGCCAACCAUGUCAACCCAGCCUCUAUAUCCGGACAGGCAGUCCAGUUUUUACACUCCCAAGAAAUAUUCAAAUUAGCUAGUUGUUUUCACCUAAUUAAUGACUAUGAAAUGCAAUCAUAUUCAUAUUUUUUAUUUAAUACAUCAGCCUUCGCGGAGUAGUCCAUGCAGACCAGUUCAUAUUCUGAUGAACAUCAACAUCUCACUUGAAUGUAGACAACAUCAAUCUGGUUAGAUAGUUGUGCUUUACACAACCCAUAUAAAUUUGUUUUAUAAGUAGAUUUGACCAUCUGAAUAAAU